UAUAAUACUAAGCACAGAGCCACUAGAUUAGCCCGUGAGGGAAGGAGAUGCCUUUUCCUUCCCUUCAAUAGUGGGUUAAACCCAGCUGGCAACUUCUGGAACCACGGGAACAAUAUUCAUCAAGAGAAGCCCACUCUACCAAAGCCAGAAGCACACUAUUCCCAAGAUCCCAGCAAGGAGGGGCAGACCAAGGCUGCUUCUGAUUUGUUAAGACCUUCCCUAAUUCCAGACUUGCAGCCCCACAUUCAGGACCCCGCCUUUCCAGGAACAAAUCAUUGUAGUAAUAACUUGCCUUCAUCUUCCAUCUGCCAGCUAAGCAUGUUUAACUACGAACGUCCAAAACACUUCAUCCAGUCCCAAAACCCAUGUGGCUCCAGACUGCAGCCUCCUGGACCGGAAACAUCCAGCUUCUCUAGCCAGACCAAACAGUCUUCCAUUAUGAUCCAGCCCCGCCAGUGCACAGAACAAAGGUUUUCUGCCACCUCCACAGUGAGCUCUCACAUCACCAUGUCCUCCUCAGCUUUCCCUGCUUCCCAGCCGCUUGCUGGCUCCAACCCAGGCCAAAGGGUUACAGGCACCUAUAACCAGUCCCCGGCCAGCUUCCUCAGCUCCAUAUUACCAUCACAGCCUGAUUACAGUACCAGUAAAACCCCUUCCACUGUGGAAUCCAACUAUCAACAAUCUUCGGUUGGUCAACCUGUAAAUGCUAAGCCAUCCCAAACUGCAAAUGCUAAGCCCACACCAAGGACUCCUGACCAGGAAAUACAGGGAUCUAAAGAAGCUUUGAUUCAAGAUUUGGAGAGGAAGCUGAAAUGCAAGGACACCMUUCUUCAUAAUGGAAAUCAACGACUAACAUAUGAGGAGAAGAUGGCUCGAAGAUUGCUGGGACCACAGAAUGCAGCUGCUGUAUUUCAGGCUCAGAAUAGUGAUGCACAGGAUUCACCACAGCAUCACAACCCAGAGCAUGCACGACUGCAGGUUCCUACAUCACAAGUAAGAAGUAGAUCAUCCUCAAGAGGAGAUGUGAAUGAUCAGGAUGCAAUCCAGGAGAAAUUUUACCCACCUCGUUUCAUUCAAGUGCCAGAAAACAUGUCAAUUGAAGAAGGAAGAUUCUGCAGAAUGGACUUCAAAGUGAGUGGCCUGCCRGCUCCUGAUGUGUCAUGGUAUCUAAAUGGAAGACCAGUUCAGUCGGAUGAGUUGCACAAGAUGAUAGUAUCUGAGAAGGGUUUCCAUUCACUCAUCUUUGAAGUGGUCAGAGCUUCAGAUGCAGGGGCUUAUGCAUGUGUUGCCAGGAACAGAGCAGGGGAAGCCACCUUCACCGUGCAGCUGGAUGUCCUUGCAAAAGAACAUAAACGAGCACCAAUGUUUAUCUACAAACCACAGAGCAAAAAAGUUUUUGAGGGAGAAUCAGUGAAACUAGAAUGCCAGAUCUCAGCUAUACCUCCACCAAAGCUUUUCUGGAAAAGGAAUAAUGAAAUGGUACAAUUCAACACUGACCGAAUAAGCUUAUAUCAUGACAAUGCUGGGAGAGUGACUUUACUGAUAAAAGAUGUAAACAAGAAAGAUGCUGGGUGGUAUACCGUGUCUGCAGUGAAUGAAGCUGGGGUGACCACAUGUAACACGAGAUUAGAUGUUACAGCCCGUCCAAACCAAACACUUCCAGCUCCUAAACAGCUGCGUGUUCGACCAACUUUCAGCAAAUAUUUAGCACUCAAUGGGAAAGGUUUGGAUGUGAAACAAGCUUUUAACCCAGAAGGAGAGUUUCAGCGUCUGGCAGCUCAAUCUGGACUCUAUGAAAGUGACGAACUUUAAUAAUUUUACCAACAUUGGAAAACACCACUACACUAUUAGUAAUGCAUUUAAUUACAUUUUUGAAAUAAACCCAUAGCUGUUUUAACAGAUUAUGGCUUUAACUAGGUAAUAUAAGUAAUAUACAUUCAUAAUAUUAUUUAUCCUUUGAUUCUUGCACAUUCUAUCUACUUCUCUGAUUUGCAAAGCCAAUGGUAAAUCUGGCUAUAUGGAUUUGUACUGUAGAAGACAAUCUUAAAAUGUGGGAACUUAACAUUUAAGUCAUAUACAGUUAACAUUUACAGGUUAUGAAUUAAUAACUUUUAAACACAUCGACUGUUUGCAUUAAGGUUUACUGCUAGUGCUUCCUACAUAGUCUUACCUGUUUUCUCUUGUAGGAAUACUAACAUGACAUAGAUUAUCUGAGUGUUCCAUAGUUUUAU